GUUUAGAAAAAGAGCUUACCAUAAAAUAGUUUAGUAUUGAAAAAUUAUGUCGUCGGAUGCAACUAAAAAAGCACGCUCUACUUUUUUCUCAAAAUGGAGUCUUGUAUUUUCCAAGCUCAUGUGGUCUCUUUGGUCUGUACUUACAUUUUUGGUGUUUUGUUACAUUGCAUUUUCUGCAUUAGUUUUAUAUUCAAAAGAAGUAAAAAUGGAAAUUAUUUAUUCACAUAGAAUUCGUUCUCCUUGGUUUGCAAAUCUAUCAUCAUGCAAAGACUUUGGGCUAGUGAAAUGUGAGCAAGUCUACCUUAAUGGAUAUGCUGGAAAACUUGGGGCUUGGUUUAUUUCACCCGCAUCACAGCAAUAUAUCACUAGAGAAGCUUAUAUUCUCUACUUACAUGGAAAUAUGGGUUCUAGGGCACUGGAUUAUCGAAUACGUUUUUAUAAGCGUCUUUCUAAAAUGGGUUAUCAUAUCCUGGCUAUAGAUUAUAGAGGGUUUGGUGAUUCAGAGGGAUCACCUUCAGAAGAAGGUUUAGUUGAAGACAGUAAAAUUGCUUAUAAAUGGCUAAAUAAUAGAGCAAGGGGAUUUGCAAUAUAUGUAUGGGGUCAUUCCCUUGGUAGCGCAGUUGCUGUUCAGUUAUCAUCAUGGCUCAAUGCUGAAAGAGCCCAAUUAAAUGGUGUUGUUUUAGAAGCACCUUUUAAUAAUAUAACAGAUGCUAUUAUCCAAACACCUUUGGCUUUGCCUCUUUAUCAGUUUCUUCCUAACUUUGAGAGUUAUUUGGAUGAUGUUAAAAAUGUAUUUUUAAGUACAUUUUGGAUUCAGAAAGUGACAUCACCAACACUGAUUCUACAUGAUGUCAGUGACAGCAUUAUUAACAUCAACCUUGCACGAAAACUCUAUGCUGUAGCAAAAGCCAACGGGUCAACGAAUGUUCGGAUGAUAGAGUUUGACGAGCAGCUUGAUCACUGCGAAGUUUCUUCUGCAAAGCAAUUUAAAAAGUUGUUUAGUGAUUUUGUUUUUCAUACCUCUUGAGAUGUUGUGAAAUUGUGAACGUCACGUGUUUUCAUAAUUUGAUACGGCUACAACGCUUUCUCUUCUAUUAAAGAUAAUUUUAUUUCAAUUUUAUACAAGAAAGUUUUAGGACA